GUGCUUUGCCAGGGACACCUCUUUUACCAACAACAGUAGAGAAAAUUUUGGAAAAUCUAGAGUCAGUAGAAAAGCCACCAUUCUUUAUCUUACCAAUAACUAAGCAAGAAGAAGUUGAACACACACUCGAAUAUUGUUAUGAAAAAGAGAUCCAAAUCAUUGUUAUGACUGAAACUAAACUACCACAAUCCACGGCAUCUAGAAAGACCCUUUCCAACCCAUUGUAUAAAAUCUAUACAGCUAAUAAUGAUGUUAACCAUGCAACCAUAUUAAACAACCCCAGGCUUGCUAUUAAUGAUCGACUUCCAAUUCCCUCACAAACAACAACUACUUUAAUCGCAAUAUACAUUCUAUUGGCCCCAACAAACACAUCCAAUAAAGCCCAGGCAGAAGCAGCACAAUAUAUUCAAUAG